AUGAGUGGACAGGCUGCUAGUUAUUACACCGGCGAAGGCUUCGGUCAGGGCCAGCCUCAACCCGGAUACAACUACAACGGACAGAACAAUGGGAAAUACCAGCAGCCCCAGUAUCAACAGCCUGAGUACCAGCAGCCUGCGGGAUAUCAGCAGCCUGCAGCUGAGCCCAAACCUCCCCCACCGUACCAGCAGAAUAUGCCACAGUCUGGAUACAGCUUUGAUGAGGCAUUCAAGGUCGAGAAGCCCAAAUGGAACGAUCUGUGGGCUGGUAUCUUGCUGAUCGCAGUCUUCCUGGGAUACGCCGCCGUAUCUGGGCUCACCAUCCACAAGUAUGCAACUAACAAAGGCUUCAGCGGAGGAGGCAUUUACGACGCGACCAAUGAUUUCUCGCUCAACACCAAUACACUCGUCCUAUUCAUUUUUGUCCUCGUUGUUGCCCUCGUCUUAUCCUGGCUGUACUUUAUGGGCGCGAGAUACUUCACCAAAACCUUCAUCUGGGCGACUGGCAUUCUCAACAUCGUUUUCGCACUCGCGACAGGUAUCUACUACAUCGCGCGUAAGCAGUAUGGAGGCGGAAUCGUGUUUCUGCUAUUCGGCGUCUUCGCGAUCAUCUGUUUCAUCAGCUGGAUCCCGCGCAUCCCCUUUACCGCAUUCAUGUUGCAAACCGCCAUGGACGUGGCGCGUGGAUACGGUCACAUUUUCCUCGUGAGUGCGCUGGGUGGAAUUGUCACUGUCGCGUUCUCGGCCUGGUUCUCUGUGACUCUUGUCUCGAUCUAUGUCGCAUAUGAGCCUGAUUCCUCUGGUACCAAUCCUUCAUGUGCGAAUGGCGGGUGCAGCAGAGCCAAGGUCAUUGGUUUGGUUGUGUAUGUGACUUUUGCCAUGUACUGGUUUAGCGAGUGGAUCAAGAAUACCGUGCACACGACUAUCGCUGGUGUGUAUGGAUCAUGGUACUUCUGGAGCAAGUCUGCUGGCGGUAUGCCCAAGGGCUCGACCCGUGGCGCGUUCCGACGUGCGACGACUUACUCCUUUGGCAGUAUCAGUUUGGGCAGUCUGAUCAUUGCAUUCAUCCAGAUGCUGCGCCAGGCAUGUUCGAUUGCUCAGCGACACGAAGCCGCGCAGGGCAACCUAAUUGGCAGCAUCGCUAUGUGGGUAUUGGGAUGCUUCAUUUCGCUACUUGACUGGCUUGUGACGCUGUUCAAUCGCUACGCCUUCUGCCACAUCGCAUUGUACGGCAAGGCGUAUAUCCCCGCUGCGAAGGAUACCUGGACGAUGAUGCGCGAUCGGGGUAUUGACGCCCUUGUGCAGGAUUGCCUAAUGGGCCCGGUGUUGACCAUGGGCUCGACCUUCGUCGCUUAUGUCUGCGCUCUGCUGGCUUAUCUUUAUCUGCAGUUCACCAAACCCGCGUACAACAAUGAUGGCAACUUCACUGCUGUCAUCAUGGCUUUUGCUUUCUUGAUUGGUUUGCAGAUCUGUCAGGUCUUCAUGACGCCUAUUGGUAGUGGUGUUGAGACUAUCUUUGUGGCUAUGGGCUGGGAUCCUCAGGUUAUGAUUAAUGACCACCCGGGGAUCUACUACAAGCUCGUUGAGCUUUAUCCUCAGGUCCAGCAGGCGGUCCACGCAUGA